AUGGAUUACCUGACGGUGACUGAUGCUGUGCAGUUCCUCCACCUGUCUCUGACGACGGUGCAGCAGCUCGUGGCCACAGAAGCGCUUUGUUCUCAAAGAGGAAUGAGGUCUCCUGCGGACGAGCUGCGUCACCAGCGCGCUGGAGACAUGCGGAGGCUCGGUCAAACAGCACCAACCCUCUGA